AAACUUAUUAGGAGAGAGAUUUUGUCAAUGAAGAUGAUCUUCAACGACUCCCAUAUCUUAAAGCAGUGGUGAAAGAGAUCAUGAGAAUUCAGUCAAUAGCUCCACUACUCGUCCCCAGAGAAUCAAUUGGAAAGUGUAAUCUAGAUGGGUAUGAAAUACCAGCAAAAACGUUGGUUUUUCUGAAUGCAUGGGCAAUUGGAAGGGAUCCUGAAGUUUGGGAAAACCCAGAAGAGUUUUACCCUGAGAGAUUCAUUGGCAGUUCAAUCGACUUCAAAGGCCAAGAUUUUGGGCUAAUACCAUUUGGAGGUGGUAGAAGAAUUUGUCCUGGUUUAUCAAUGGGAAUCGCCACUGUGGAGCUUUCGCUUGCUAAUCUUCUUUACAAAUUUAACUGGGAAAUGCCGGCUGGGAUGAAGAAGGAAGACAUAGACACCGAUGUGCUUUCCAGCAUUACGAUGCAUAACAAAAAUGAUCUGUUUCUCAUGGCUAGAGACUGUUUUUGAUGACCAAGAACAUAUCUCUUCAAUGUUUAUGAGUGUAAGAUGUGAUUUAGUAAAUAGUUUGUGUAUCAUGAAAUGUUAUGUCUUCAAUGCUGUAAAAUAUUUUGUAUUCUUUUCUGUUUUCUACCGCUUGAAAGAACUGGGAAAAGGUGUUUAUGCAUCAGUUACCUGUAUAAAUAUGAUAAGAAUAGACUGGUUGCCUAAAGUUUGGACUUCUAGCGAUAUUGAUUUUCUUUUGUACUCGCUA